AUGCAGGAACAGUCUUUUUACGAGAAUACCAUUCCCAUCGCCAUAUCCCAACUUCGAGGCGAUAAACAAAUUCCUACCCUGCGCCAGUACUUUGACGGUGGCCAAUGUCGCGUAUUCAAGGUGACCUUCGUGAAUGGCGAGAGCUGGGCUGUACGAGUCCCUCUUUUCGUCCGCCAUGUUUCGCAGGACACUGUUAUACAGCUCCUUGAUUCCGAAGUUUGUCUUCUUGAGGAGCUUGGAUUGAAGGGGUUCUCGUGGGCUCCAAGGCUCCGGGGCUGCAGUCUCACAUUUGAUAAUGCCAUCAGAUACCCCUUCAUCGCAUUAACAUGGACUCCAGGCAACCAGCUUUCAUGGUCCGAUGAACAUCCUACGCAACCUCUUCGGAAAGAAAUCCUAGAUCAAGUUGCGACGAUGCACACAUCACUAAUUGAAUGUACCAAGCAGGCUAGGGGAUCUUCGCUAAAGCAUUUCACCCGGAUAAUUCAAAACAAGACCCGUCGUGUCCGCGAGGGUCUCCUUCCAGAGAUCACGGAACAGGACUGCUCUGACCAAAUGGAAUUUCUCUCUGAUGCUGUUUUACUUGAACUUGAUGAAGCGCCUUUCGCUAUUGCCCAUGGCGAUAUGUCGCCACAAAACAUACUCAUAGAUGAGCAGAACAAUGUCACAGGGUAA